GGAAACUGUGGCGGCUCCAAGUCCACCGAUCCGAUUGACGCCGGCUAGUCUUUGAUCUCUCACCACCGUCAUGCUCGACAGCUCCUCGCUCCCUGCCCCCGGCGUGCUCGCACAUGUCGUCGACGCGCACUGCCACCCGACCGACGCCGCGCUCGACGCCGCCCUGAUGUCCGCACUCCCACACCGCAUCUGCGCAAUGGCCACGCGCGCCAGCGACCAAGCCCUCGUGCGCGACCUCGCCGCGCGCUACCCCGACGCGGUCCUCCCCUGCUUCGGCUACCACCCCUGGUUCGCCCACUGGAUCUCGCUCGAGCCCGAGCCUCCAUCCAAGGAAGCACACUAUGCCCUACUCUUCCUCCCGCCCUCCUCCGCGCCGCACACACCCGCGCAAUCCGCCGCCUUCGCGCGUCUCCUGCCCUUCCUCCCUCCACCAACACCCAUCGCUACCGUCCUCGCCUCUCUUCGCGCCGACCUGGCCGCGCACCCCUCCGCGAUGCUCGGCGAGGUCGGGAUCGACCGCGCGUGCCGCGUGCCUUAUGCUCCCCCUGCGGAGCCGCCGUACGCGAGUGCGGACGACGAGAAGAGGGAGCUGUCGCCGUUCACGAUACCGCUGGAGCACCAAGUCGCCAUCUUCGAGGCACAGCUCGCGCUUGCGGUUGAGCUCAGGAGAAAUGUCAGCGUGCAUAGCGUGAAGGCACAGCAAGCAACUGUCGAGCUGUUCGCACGCAUGAAGGAACGGUAUGGAGACAAAUGGCUCGACAUCAGCGUUGACAUGCAUAGUUGUGGCUUAAGCGCGCAGACGUGGUUGCAGUUGCGGAACCAACACCCAAACCUCUUCCUCUCCCUUUCUACCGCCAUCAACACCCGCUCAGUCGCGCACAAAUCCCUUAUACAAGGAUGCUCCCCGUAUCGCAUUCUCAGCGAAUCCGACUUCCAUGAUGUCCGCUUCAGUGCGCCCUACACUUGGGACAUGGUCGUCCGCAUCGCGGAAGAGAAGGGAUGGUGGAUUGAGAGCACUGAGGAGGAGGUAUUGAGCGGGAGGAAAGCAGGGGAGGAAUCGGAGGGAGAGUGGGGUGUUGUGAGGAGGCUGGAGGAGAACUGGAAAUCAUUCGUGAGAGGGGGAAAUAGAGUCGUUCCUGGGGCGAAGAAGAAGAGGGACAAGAAAGGGUUGCUGCUGGAAGAGUCAGAGGAGGAAGAUGGGCCAAGAGAUGAGAACGAGACGAAGGCAGACGUACCUGCGCGAAGAUAG